AAUAAUAAUAAUAAUAACAAUAAUAACAAUAAUAACAAUAAUAAUAAUAAUAAUAAUAAAAAUAACAAUAACAAUAACAAUAAUAAUAAUAACACUAACAAUAACAAUAACAAUAGAAACUAUAAUAACAAUAAUAACAAUAACAAUAAUAAUUACAAUGACAAUAACAAUAAAUACAAUAACAAUAAUUACAAUAAUAACAAUAAUAACUAUAACAACAAUAAUGACAAUAACAACAAUAAUAACAAUAACACUAACAAUAACAAUAAUAAUAAUAAUAAUAAUAAUAAUAAUAUUAACAAUAACAAUAAUAAUAAUAAUAAUAUAUAUGAUAAUGAUAAGAACGAUAACAAUAAUAAUAACAAUAAUAAUAAUAAAAAAAACAAUAACAAUAAAAUUAAUAAUAAUAACAAUAACAAUAACAAUAACAAUAACAAUAAUAAUAAUAAUAACAAUAAUAACAAUAAUAAUAAUAAUAAUAAUAACAACAAUAUCAAUAACAAU